AUGGAUAAUUGGAGAAUUGUCAUGUUGGGCCAUGGCGGUGUUGGCAAAACUGCUUUGGCUAUUCAAUUUUCUCGUAGCUGUUUUGUUGGUGAUUAUGAUCCAACAAUAGAAGACUCUUAUAGAAAGCAGUUAAUUGUGGAUAACAAGAGGAGUUGCAUUGAAAUUAUUGACACUGCUGGGCAGGAAGAGUAUGCCAAUUUGCGUGACCAAUGGGUUCGGGAGGGCCAGGGCUUUAUUCUGGUUUAUUCAAUCACAGCACGAUCCAGCUUUGAACGGCUCGAGGCCUUCCAACAAUCUUUGGUCAAAGUCAAGCACCAAAAACCUAUCUUCAUCCUUGUAGCCAAUAAAUGCGAUGUGACGCAUGAACGAGAAGUCUCAUAUAAGGAGGGCCUUGCACUUGCCCAAAGGUUUGGGUGCAAAUUCCUAGAGACAUCAGCUCGGACAGCAUAUAAUGUUGAGCUCCUCUUCACAAACAUAGUACAAGCCCUGCGGCCACCAAAAUGGAUAGAGUCUGGAACUGUAGGAACGCUGGGAGGCAAACCACCAAAGGAUCACAGGGAUUGUAAGAAAUGUAGAUGCGUGGUGAUGUGA